AUGCUAUACACCUCGAAGAUAAAGAUCGGUGGACUGACAGAACCGCUGAGCGGAUCCCAAUCCGCCCAGCGGAUAUUAUUCCGCUUAGCGGGCACCAUUCCGCUUAGCAGAUUUGUCACAGUAAGUCUUCAAGAAAGGAAAGGAGAAGUCUCCUCCUCCAGAUCCAGGCCAGCUCGAAGUCCUCCUCAUGAAGAACCUGAGGAAAUGGACGAAGGAGAAGAAUUGUUGGGUCGGCUGGAUCGUCACAAAUUCUUAAACCGGGCCAAACAACAUCGCUUUAUAGAGCUGGAAACUAGGAGUUUUCUUUGUGAAAGAAGAGUCGAACUGGGACAAGGAGAAGAAGACGGACACUCAGAGAGAAUUUCAUGGGUAAGAGGUCAUAGAAUUAGAUAUGAUAGGGACGCAAUUAACACCUACUUAGGAAAUCCCUACACAUAUGAUCCGGGAGACUGCUAUAGACACCUGACCAGAAGCCACCAACUUAGGGCACCCACCAUCACUGUGGAUCUAUGCAAACCAGGUCACACUGACGAGGUUGGUAUAACUGGGAAACCUAUCCACAUACUCCGGUCGAGCUUGAAGACAGUGGCCCAAAUCUGCGUCAAUUUUGUCCUAGCCAAUGUCACACCCAAUACUCUUGAUGAUCAGUUCCAAGGUGGACCUGAGUCAGUCUCAUCAACAUAUGGCAAUCCUAUUAACUCUGAUAUGCAGAAGUCUUCCAAGUUCGAUCCUGAAAGUAGAAAUGACACUGAAACUGUCCUCAUGGGAAAGUCAUUUCAAAAGACUAAACAUAAAUUAGUUUGUGUCAUUUCUUUUUCUCUUCUUGCAACAUCUACUCCUCUACUCUGGAUCAACAAUCAGGAUGAAGACCAUUUUCUUGUCCCAAUAAAGAGAGUUAUAGAAUAA